UUCUUAACAUUUAGGACAGUAUUCUGUUAAGCCUUUUAAUAAUUGAUAAUCCAUUUUUGUUACUGCACUUCAAUUCACAGCUGCUAUGAUAUAAACUAGGGUUGAUAUUCCGGAUCCCUUCAUAGGAGCGCCUCACGUCAGCAGGUAACAGUCUUCUCAUGACUUACCAAGGAGGAAGACAAUAGGAUCGGUGCUUUUGUGCCCUAUACAAUAUAUUCAUAAUAAACAGAUAAAACUGUAAGAUGUUUUGCAUCGGGAUACCAGCUUUUCUCUUGCUUUUCCGGAUUGCAGCCUGUGUUCAAGACACAAAUCCUACAGAGCUGAGGAUCAUUUUGGUCGGCAAAACAGGAUCAGGAAAAAGUACAUCUGGAAACAUCAUUCUGGGCAAGAAUGUUUUUAAAAGUGAAGUAUCGGCUGAGUCUGUGACCAACACCUGUGAUAAAGCUGAGAGUGAAGACAGCGGUAGGCUCAUUACUGUUGUGGAUACACCAGGGCUUUUUGACACCAAGAAAACCAACGAGGAACUGAAAACAGACAUCGAGGACUGUAUUGUUGUUAAGUCUGUUCCUGGACCUCAUGCAAUUGUGUUAGUGAUAAAUGUAAAAGCCAGAUUCACAGAAGAGGAGAGAGCAGCUGUGAAGUGGAUUGAAAAUAAUUUUGGUUCUGAUGCCUCAAUGCACACAAUACUACUGUUCACUCACACAGACCUGCUGGAGGACAAGACUUUGGAUGAAUACAUCAGUGAGAGUGAGCACCUACGUCGUCUGAAACAUCAGUGUGGAGGAAGAUACCAUGCAUUUAACAACAAGACUCAAGACAGAACCCAGGUCAGGGAACUCCUAAAGAAGAUUGAGAAGAUGGUGAAGGAAAAUGGAGGACAGCACUACACGAAUGAGAUGUACAAGAGAGCUCAGAGGAAACUUGAGGAGGAAAGGAAACGCGCUGAAGAGGAAGAGAAGAGGAAGAAGCAGGAAGAGAAAGAGCAAAUCAGAAAGGAGAUUGAGCAAGAGCAGAUCAGAAGGAAGGAGAAGGAGAGAAAGAUCAAAGAAUCUUGUCAAAUAAUGACUGCUUCGGCUCUGGGUCUUCUUACAGGGGGGUAUUUUUUCUCCUCUUACGUGUUGGCAGGUGCAGGUGCAGCUCUAGGGGUUUCUUAUAGUGACUGUGUUUCUAGUUUACUUGGGCUAAGUCCUGUGUUCAAGACAGAAAUCCUACAGGAGCGCCUCACGUCAGCAGCCUGUGUUCAAGACACAAAUCCUACAGAGCUGAGGAUCAUUUUGGUCGGCAAAACAGGAUCAGGAAAAAGUACAUCUGGAAACAUCAUUCUGGGCAAGAAAGUUUUUAAAACUGCAGUAUCGGCUGAGUCUGUGACCAACACCUGUGAUAAAGCUGAGAGUGAAGACAGCGGUAGGCUCAUUACUGUUGUGGAUACACCAGGGCUUUUUGACACCAAGAAAACCAACGAGGAACUGAAAACAGACAUUGAGGACUGUAUUGUUGUUAAGUCUGUUCCUGGACCUCAUGCAAUUGUGUUAGUGAUAAAUGUAAAAGCCAGAUUCACAGAAGAGGAGAGAGCAGCUGUGAAGUGGAUUGAAGAUAAUUUUGGUUCUGAUGCCUCAAUGUACACAAUACUACUGUUCACUCACACAGACCUUCUGGAGGACAAGACUUUGCAUGAAUACAUCAGUGAGAGUGAGCACCUACGUCGUCUGAAACAUCAGUGUGGAGGAAGAUACCAUGCAUUUAACAACAAGAUUCAAGACAGAACCCAGGUCAGGGAACUCCUAAAGAAGAUUGAGAAGAUGGUGAAGGAAAAUGGAGGACAGCACUACACGAAUGAGAUGUACAAGAGAGCUCAGAGGAAACUUGAGGAGGAAAGGAAACGCGCUGAAGAGGAAGAGAAGAGGAAGAAGCAGGAAGAGGAAGAGUGGAUCAGAGAGGAGGAGAGAAAGAAGUUUGAGGAAGAGCAAGAGUGGAUCAGAGAGGAGGAGAGGAAGAAGAGCGAAGAAGCAGAGAAGCAAUUUAAAGAGGAGAGGAAGAAGAGGGAAGAAGAGGAAAGGCGAUUCUGGGAGAACAUGAAGGACUGGCAAAAACGAUUUGAAAAGGAAAAAAUUAAGCAUAAAAAUGAACAAUGCAAAAUCAUAGCCAUUUCGGUUUUGGGGUUUCUCACAGGGGGGUAUUUGACCUCGUCUUAUGUGUUGACAGCUAUAGGUACAGCUCUUGGGUUCUCUCAAGACUGGGAAUGGGAUUGCCUUUAUAGUUUAUUUGGGUAAAGCUGAAAUAUUAUUAAGAGAUAAGUUGACCGAUUAAUACAAAUGCUCUCUCUCUUUAUAAAUCUGUUAAUAAUAACUCAACUUUGAGCUUUUUAGAGACAUGUUAUACACGAAUACAUCUUUUUUCCUUUAAAUAUGUACCUCUGCCAUAAUGUAUGGGUAUCCUACAGGGUGAAGAAUGAAUGAAGUUUAUGGUGAUUGUCAGCUGUCUACUUUACUGUGGCCUUUCAGGUCCAAGAUUAAUUUCUUCCACUUGGAGACAAUAAAGACUUCAUUGAGAUAA